AUGGUAAAUGUGCAGUUCUUUAUGGGGUGUUCUGCUUCCAGGAAAAUUAGACAGCUUAAAAUAAAGAACGAUUUGAUUGAUCAGUGGUAUCAUGAUAAUAAAAUUACUUGUUAUAUUCUCAUUGUAAAUGAAAAACCAGUCUCAUUUGCUCUACUAUCAUCCAUGGAUUUCGACCCUUUACUGCAACAUACAAACCCAAAAACGCUCAACUAUAUUCACACUUUAGAGAAGCAUAGAAGAAAAGGAUAUGCACUAGAGUUGAUUAAUCAUAUCAUGGGUCGAAACGAGUUUACAGCUUUUAGUUGUAAUACAGAAUCCAAAGAACCAUUUAAACGAAGUAAUUGUAGUAAUUACGCCGUACCUGCUACACAAUACACGGAAACACCAAAUGGUGUAAGCCUAUACUCCUGCAAUAACACAGAUACUGCUUACGGCCCUGAAUUGAAAAAUGGUCUGUGGUUGCUGGGUAAUACAUCUCUAAAUUUUGAUGAUAAUCAUAUAGUUGUGGGCGAGAAAAAAUUUAAUAGUAGUGAAGGUCUACGACAACUCCUAUUUUCUAAAAAUCCCGGAAGUUUUAGUGCGAAUGAUGCGCAAAUAUACAAACAGAUAUUAGAGAUGACAGGGGUUCACAGAGAUUCUGUGGGCCGUUUGAGGGCUAAAGCGUGUAAAGAAAAAUUUAAUACAGUCAUUAAACCUCUAUUUAAAAGAAACGUGGAAGGUAUGGAAACAUUACGUCAAGAAAGCAAGGCCUAG